AUGGCUCCAUCUCUAGUGCCCGUAUGUACGAUGCGGGCAUACCUCCACUCCGAACUUGCAGAUGUUGGCCCAAAGUCGUCCGGUGCUACUCGAUUCAUCGCAAACGUCACCGACGGUUUCAUCAAAUUCAACGAGUCCGACAUAGAAGCCCAAGUUCUCCCACCGGGUGGGGAUUGGCCUCUCAUAGACUACCAGGCCAACUGCAUUUACAUCGACGCUCGAGUUCGGGCCAAAACAGAACAGGGAGAGAUAUACCUCCAAUAUAAGGGAAAUGUGACUCUUGAUGAGCCGAUGAAGAAGUUACUGGCAGGAGAUCCCGAUGCAAAAUCCAUGUCUUUUGGAGAUACUAGUUGGUUUACCAAGGUGGAUAUGGAGACAACGGAUUCGAGAUUGAAAUGGAUGGAGACCGCCUUCAUUGUUGGCCAAGGUCGUUGGAAUGUUGAUGAAAAAGGCAUCUCAGCGGAGUAUUUGGUGUCCCAUUUGAAAAACUAG